AUGGUCGAAGGAGGCAUUGACCGCAAAGCGGAUGAGAAGAUUCAAUUUACGACCUCAAAAGAGGUCACAGUCCAUCCGACCUUCGAGUCCAUGAACUUGAAGGAGAGCCUUCUUCGUGGUAUCUACGCCUAUGGCUACGAGUCUCCAUCCGCCAUUCAGUCGCGUGCCAUUGUGCAGAUUUGCAAGGGCCGUGAUACCAUCGCCCAGGCCCAGUCUGGUACGGGUAAAACCGCGACUUUCUCGAUCGCCAUGCUUCAGGUCAUCGAUACGGCUGUGCGCGAGACCCAGGCACUUGUCCUCUCUCCCACUCGCGAACUUGCGACUCAGAUUCAAAAUGUCGUUAUGGCCCUUGGCGACUAUAUGAAUGUGCAGUGCCACGCCUGCAUUGGUGGCACCAAUGUCGGGGAGGAUAUUCGGAAACUCGACUACGGCCAACAUAUUGUGUCUGGCACGCCAGGUCGGGUUGCUGACAUGAUCCGCCGUCGCCAUCUCCGGACACGGCACAUCAAGAUGCUGGUACUCGACGAAGCCGAUGAGCUGCUAAAUCAGGGGUUCCGAGAGCAGAUUUAUGAUGUCUAUCGCUAUUUGCCGCCGGCGACUCAAGUUGUGGUCGUCUCGGCUACUUUGCCGUACGACGUGCUCGAGAUGACGACCAAGUUCAUGACGGAUCCCGUCCGCAUUCUCGUCAAGCGUGAUGAGUUGACCCUCGAAGGUCUGAAGCAAUACUUCAUCGCUGUCGAGAAGGAAGAAUGGAAGUUCGAUACUCUCUGUGAUCUUUACGACACUCUGACUAUCACACAAGCUGUCAUCUUUUGCAACACUCGCCGGAAGGUUGAUUGGCUGACGGAGAAAAUGCGCGAGGCCAAUUUUACGGUCAGCAGUAUGCAUGGUGACAUGCCGCAAAAGGAGCGCGACGCUAUUAUGCAGGAUUUCAGACAAGGCAAUAGCCGAGUGCUGAUUUCGACUGACGUUUGGGCCCGUGGUAUCGAUGUGCAGCAGGUUAGCUUGGUCAUCAACUACGACCUGCCAAGCAACCGUGAAAACUAUAUCCACCGUAUCGGCCGUUCCGGCAGAUUCGGUCGCAAGGGCGUUGCUAUUAAUUUUGUGACAAGCGAGGACGUCCGGAUUCUCCGAGAUAUCGAACUAUACUACUCUACUCAGAUCGAUGAAAUGCCCAUGAAUGUUGCGGACCUCAUUUCUUAA